AGGAGAGCGGGCGGCUCUGAGUGCGGGACGAGCCCCUAGGAGGAAGAACAAGACGGCGCCGCCGCCGCCACCACCAGGGACACGGGCAGGUUUCAUAUAGACUACUUCAAUGGAGCAAAUUCAGGGAGCUUUGAGGGCUCUUAGUGAUGGAAUUGGCUUAAAGGAUUCUGUCUUUAAUGGAUCCAACUGUAUUUCGCCUACCAUUGUCCAGCAGUUUGGUUAUCAACGCAGAGCAUCUGAUGAUGGAAAACUUUCAGAUUCCUCCAAAACAAGCAAUACUAUUCGUGUUUUCUUGCCUAACAAGCAACGCACAGUGGUUAAUGUACGUAAUGGGAUGACCUUACAUGACUGUCUCAUGAAGGCACUCAAAGUUAGAGGUCUGCAGCCAGAGUGCUGUGCUGUUUUUAGACUGCUUAAUGAACAAAAAGGUAAAAAAUUACGAUUGGAUUGGGGUACAGAUGCUGCAUCGUUGAUUGGAGAAGAGCUGCAAGUGGACUUCCUCGAUCACGUUCCUCUCACAACACACAACUUCGCAAGGAAGACGUUUCUGAAGCUCGCGUUCUGUGACAUCUGCCAGAAGUUCUUACUAAAUGGAUUCCGGUGUCAGACAUGUGGCUAUAAAUUCCAUGAACACUGCAGCACUAGAGUUCCAACUAUGUGUGUGGACUGGAGUAAUGUCCGGCAACUCCUCGACAUUGCUUUUGAUCUCAGAUUGUUUCCACACUCAAACGUUGGUGAUAGUGGUGUCCCUAUGCUACCUCCUGUAACAACACGCCGGAUGCGGGAGUCUGUGUCCCGGAUACCUGUAAACUCUCAGCACAGAUAUUCUACACCUCAUGCCUUCACAUUCAACACAUCAAAUCCUUCUCCUGAAGGUUCCCUCUCUCAAAGACAGAGAUCUACAUCAACCCCCAACGUCCAUAUGGUCAGCACUACCAUGCCUGUAGACAAUCGGAUAAUUGAGAAUAACAGCCUGAAUGCUUCUCCCAGGUCCUGGUGCAGACGAUUCUGUUUAAGGGGAAGAGAUGCUAUUCGUAGUCACAGUGAAUCAGCAUCACCCUCAGCUAUAUCUGGAAGUCCCAACAAUACAAGCCCCACAGGAUGGUCUCAGCCUAAAAUGCCAGUUCCAGUCCAAAGAGAGAGAGCUACAGGAUCUACCACACAAGAAAAAAAAAUUAGAGCUCGUGGACAGAGAGAUUCAAGUUAUUAUUGGGAAAUAGAAGCCAGUGAAGUUAUGCUCUCUACCAGAGUAGGGUCGGGCUCCUUCGGGACUGUUUACAAGGGCAAAUGGCAUGGUGAUGUAGCAGUGAAGAUAUUAAAGGUUGUAGAUCCAACUCCAGAACAGUUUCAAGCCUUUAGAAAUGAAGUUGCUGUACUAAGGAAAACUCGGCACGUUAAUAUUUUGCUUUUUAUGGGCUACAUGACGAAAGAUAAUCUGGCCAUUGUCACACAGUGGUGUGAGGGAAGUAGUCUGUACAAGCACUUGCAUGUUCAGGAGACCAAGUUUCAGAUGUUACAGCGUAUUGAUAUUGCAAGACAGACUGCACAAGGAAUGGACUACUUGCAUGCAAAGAAUAUAAUACACAGAGACAUGAAAUCAAAUAAUAUAUUCCUUCAUGAAGAUCGUACAGUAAAGAUAGGAGAUUUUGGGUUAGCAACAGUCAAAUCCAGAUGGAGUGGUUCUCAGCAGGUGGAACAACCUACUGGAUCUGUUCUCUGGAUGGCACCAGAAGUGAUUCGAAUGCAGGAUAGUAAUCCAUUUAGUUUCCAGUCUGAUGUGUAUUCUUAUGGAAUAGUACUAUAUGAAUUGAUGACGGGAGAAUUACCAUAUUCCCAUAUUAACAACAGAGACCAGAUCAUUUUUAUGGUUGGUCGAGGUUAUGCAUCUCCAGACCUCAGUAAAUUAUACAAAAAUUGUCCCAAAGCAAUGAAAAGACUUGUAGCAGAUUGUUUGAAGAAAGUAAGGGAAGAAAGACCUCUUUUUCCACAGAUACUGUCUUCCAUUGAAUUGCUGCAGCAUUCUUUACCCAAAAUAAACCGAAGUGCUUCAGAACCUUCUCUGCAUCGUGCAACCCACACACAGGACAUAAAUUCAUGCACACUGACAUCGACAAAGCUACCUGUGUUUUAGGCGAUCAGAGUGCACUGCCUCAUUGCCCUCCCCAGUAACUGUUAUAGCAGUUGUGCUUUCAAUGCCUCGGUCUACAGGACUGCAUUGCCAGCGUGGGAUUCGGCUGGAUGCCAGUUUUAGGAAUGAGCUGCUACGAAUUUUUACUGUUCUGAUCCUACAGGGACAAUAUUCCAUGUUGCCUUUUUCUACGGUUAUUGAAAUAGUGAACAGACUGUAUACAAGAAGUCCUAUUACUAUUUUUUAUAGAUGCACUUGAGCCUUAUUUUUUCCCAUGCAAAAAAGUACUACUUUAGCAGGUUUUGACUUUUCCAUUCUGCUAAAUAAACGAUUAUAUUUGUGUAGCAGCAAUAAUGGCUUAGCAUUUGAGCAAACUCAAUACAGAUGGUGCUGCUGUUUGAUAGCCUUUGCCAUUCAAGCUGGAGGGAUUUUAACUAAAAUAGCGAGCCUACAAGAAGACAAGAGAAAAGGGAAUGCUCGCUCAGCAACAUUUCUCCUACAGCAUAUUUCUCAAGGUAAUGAAACUUUAAACACCAACACUAAAUCAUGUUGCACAUGGAAGAAAACACGCUUUUUGUAAAGGUGAGAAUAUAUUCUAACUUGUACUGCUCAGAGAAAGAAGGUAGCACAAUAUGCUGCAAUCAUCUUUCAGUAACACAAAAAGCUUGUGUACUUCGGACUCAAUUCUUGCAAUGCCCUGGGAUGUCCAUGAGGAACUAUAACAUGGGGAAGAAGAUGAAGAGGCAAAUAAGCAAUGUCAAUAUAUUUCUGCAAAAGCAACCUUUAGUCUGUUUGAAAUGUUUUUCUGAGAUGCACUAUAAAGAAACUUCUGGCGUAUACAGGUUUUUCCCGUGCUGAUUUGGGUUUUAAUUUUGUUUUUAUUGCUCCUAAAGAAGAAGCAUUUAUUGUAAA